AUGUCUUCUAGUUCUCCUUGUGUAGAACCCUCAGAAAGGAGUCGAUGGUUUCCUACAGGCCUGGAACAAGACUGGGCUCACUCAAGACAUCGCAUUCGGUUUGUGGCCGUCCACGACUUUCUUCUGUUUUUGUCCCCACUUCAGUGUAUGGCCCAACUACCGGGCUUUGCGAACCGUGGAGAGUUGAUGCCUGUUCUGGCGCUGUACUUCAACGGUGUCCUCUUCCCUUCAUUUCUCCUGCGAGACAUUCACAGUAUACAACGCAGAGACGGCAGCAACGCCACAGCAGAGUUCACUCCGAUCCCGCGCGUCUACAUCACUUCGGACUAUCAAGAAACCGCUGUCUUGCAAAGUGCCAUCGAGACCCCCAUGAUUUGGGAGUAUAAUCUCGGAGCGCUCGCUGAGAUCACGACCUGGAACCUCUUAACGUGA